GAAGCCGACACACGUAAAGGGGCUAAAACCUUAAAGUAGCCGGAGAGGACAAAGGCCAACAAGAGCGAAGCUUAAAUUGUCUGAGUAAAUUCGUCGAGAUAGUUUUGAGAUUUCUAUAGGAGAAGGAAGUAACGAACGAAUAAUGGCGGCUGCGGCUUUUGGGCAGUUGAAUCUUGAAGAGCCUCCUCCGAUUUGGGGAUCUCGUAGUGUCGAUUGCUUCGAGAAGCUAGAACAGAUUGGUGAAGGAACUUACGGUCAAGUUUACAUGGCUAAAGAAAUCAAAACUGGUGAAAUCGUGGCUCUGAAAAAGAUCCGUAUGGACAAUGAAAGAGAAGGGUUUCCGAUAACAGCUAUCCGGGAGAUAAAAAUUCUAAAGAAGCUACAUCAUGAAAAUGUCAUCCAUUUGAAAGAGAUUGUGACUUCUCCAGGUCGAGAUAGGGAUGAUCAAGGGCAACCAGAUAAUAACAAAUACAAGGGUGGAAUCUACAUGGUCUUUGAGUACAUGGAUCAUGACUUGACUGGACUUGCUGAUCGUCCUGGACUGAGAUUUACUGUCCCUCAGAUAAAGUGUUACAUGAAGCAACUGCUCACCGGGCUUCACUAUUGUCAUGUGAAUCAAGUGCUUCACCGUGAUAUAAAAGGUUCAAAUCUACUUAUUGACAAUGAGGGAAAUUUAAAGCUAGCGAAUGAACAAUUGACUAAGAUUUAUGAACUUUGUGGAUCACCUGAUGAAAACAAUUGGCCUGGAGUUUCCAAGAUGCCUUGGUAUAACCAGAUGAAAUCACCUAGGCCCUUAAAGAGACGCGUAAGAGAGCUCUAUAGACACUUUGAUCGCCAUGCCCUUGAACUACUUGAGAAAAUGUUGGUGCUUGACCCAUCCCAGAGAAUAUCCGCAAAGGAUGCUCUUGAUGCUGAGUACUUUUGGACCGAUCCGCUUCCGUGUGAUCCAAAGAGUCUACCAACAUAUGAAUCAUCACAUGAGUUCCAGACAAAGAAAAAGCGGCAACAGAUGCGACAUAACGAGGAAGCAGCCAAGAAGCAGAAACUACAGCAUCCACAGCAGCAACAUUCUCGUUUACCUCCACAGCAACACGGUGUUGGUCAGUCUCAUGCCGCUCCACAUUGGCCUGCUGGCCCAAACCACCCUAUGAACAACAACGUACCACCACCCCAAUUACCUGCUGGUGGACCUGGCAGCCAGUACUAUGGAAAGCCCCGUGGUGGAGCACCUGGUCCAAACAGGUACCCUCCUAGCGGAAACCAGACUGGUGGUUAUAAUAAUCAGAGCCGUGGAGGUUACAGCAGCGGAUCGUAUCCUCCACAAAGUCGAGGUGCACCAUAUGGCGCUGGUCCUAGACCAGGUGGCUAUAGUGUUGGACCGCCUAACUACCCACAAGGUGGUGGUCAGUACGGUGGAUCUAGUGGAUCUGGAAGAGGUCAGAACCCUAUGGGUGGUGCGAGAAACCAACAAUAUGGAUGGCAACAGUAAAAGAGAACUCAAAGAGUCUCAUAUGGUGCGGUCUUGGCUUGAUGUCUUAAAGGCAGUUGUGAUUCUACUUAUGAAGACUGAUCCUUUGAGAAACAGAAUCUAUUUUCAUUUGUUUUCCCGUCUUUAUGGCAUUCUUCCAAACAUUAUGUUACGUUGAUGAAAAAUAGACAGUGAUUGUUGUAUGUUUAGAUCAUUUUGUUCGAGCAAGCUUUUAUAUAUCAGAGAACACAAUAAACCAUA